UAAAAUCCAAAAACGAUGUACGAAAGCAACGGUCCUCCAUAAACGUUCGCCAACCCUCUCUCUAUAUUUGUGUGUGUUAAAGUCAGGGAGCAGAACUAGCAGCGGAGCUUUUACCAUCUGUCAGCAAUGCAGCAGAGCAGACCAACGAUUCCCACGGAGACUCAUGUGAGAAAGAAAGAUAAAGUUAGAGAGAGAGGGGAGUAGGUGAGAGAGAGCGAAUGGUAAUGUAACCUUUUCCAUUUAUAGAUGUCAGGAUUACCUUUUUUCAGUUUUUUUCCCAAUUACUAACAAAUUAAAAUGGCUGAAAAAUUCUUGGUGAAAUAAUGUACAGAAACGCAAACUGGGCUUUUCUUUUUUUUUUCCUUCUUUGAUGUUGUUUGGGGUAGCAACCGAAACCAAGUAAGCGUACUGAUUUGUCCACACACAUUGUGUUCUUCUUCUAUUGUGAAGAGUAUUCAUGGCCACUGAUAAGGAUUCUUCUACUCUAUGCUUGUUGUCCAGGGAGAAUUUGAAAGACUUGGACAUAUCUCAAAAAAACCAGCAGGAAGAGGUAAAUGCAACCAAAUAUAAGAGACGAGGGUCCAUGCCUUCAUCUGCAUCAGCCCAUGACCUGAGAAGUGCAGAAAUGGAAAAGGAUAGCCAAGAUGGCUCAUCUCCUAGGGGAGUUUUAGAAGCCUAUUUAAAAGGUAUGGAAUCUGAAACAGGUUUUCUCCAGAAUGACACAACCACAACAGAUGUUCAUUGCUCAAACUCAAGGGCAAUGUCUAACUGGAGCAGAUUCUUCAAAAUAUGGAAAAGAAGAUCGACAAAGAACUUACCUUCCUUUCCUCCUCUAGCUGUGCCAAAGUUGUCCAAAAGAAAGAGUAGAAGCACAAAAGAGAAUCCUGUGCUUAGAGAUAUAUACAACUUCAAGUCUACAUUGCAGAACUUCACCCUUUCUGAACUCAAAACUGCAACCAACAAUUUUAGCCCUGAAAACAUAAUUGGAAAAGGUGGUUACGCGGAGGUUUACAAGGGAUGUUUACAAAAUGGCAAGUUCAUAGCAAUAAAAUGCCUCACAAAAGGAACACCUGAUGAGAGGACAGCUGGAUUUCUAUCUGAGCUUGGCAUUAUUGCUCAUGUUGACCAUCCUAAUACUGCUAAGUUGAUUGGUGUCGGCAUUGAGGGAGGAAUGCACCUUAUUUUUGAGCUUUCCCCCCUAGGAAGUUUAGGAUCCCUUCUGCACGGAUCAAAUGCUAAAAUAGAUUGGAGCAAAAGAUAUAAAAUUGCGUUGGGGACAGCAGAUGGCCUGCUAUAUCUCCAUGAAACUUGCCAAAAGCGAAUCAUACAUAGAGAUAUCAAGGCUGACAAUGUUCUUCUUACAGAAGAUUAUGAGGCUCAGAUUUGCGAUUUUGGGCUUGCAAAGUGGCUACCCAAAGAAUGUACGCACCAUAAUGUAUCGAAGUUCGAAGGCACAUUUGGCUAUUUUGCUCCUGAAUACUUCAUGCAUGGGAUAGUUGAUGAGAAAACUGACAUUUAUGCAUUUGGGGUUCUGCUCUUGGAGCUUAUUACGGGACGUCAAGCUUUGGAUGCCUUACAGCAAAACCUUGUCUUAUGGGCUAAGCCUUUGCUUGAUAAAAAUGAUAUUAAAGUGCUUGUUGAUCCUGCAAUUGGCGAGGAUUAUGACCCUGAAGAAAUGGAUCGUAUGGUUUUGACUGCCUCUUUGUGUGUUGAGCAGUCUCCUAUUCUACGUCCUCGAAUGAGUCAGGUUGUAAUACUGCUAAGAGGUGACGAAUACGUUGCAGAGUGUGCAAAGAAAAAUAACAGGCGCUGCCUCCAAAGAACUUACUCUGAAGAGCUCUUGGAUGCACAAGAAUACAACUCUACAAGGUACCUUAACGAUCUGAGUCGUCAUAUGGAGAUUUUGGGUUCUUGAUAGAAAUGUAGUGUAUUUAAGCAACGAUAGCCGUUAUAGUUCCUAUAGGCUCUGACAUUCUCAAAGGGUAUUUCAUGUUUGUUAAUUCUGUGGGAACAAGUGUGCUUUCCAUUGUAGAGCUCAUAUUCACUCUCUUUUUGAAAUCCAUGGAAAACACUGAGAAGUGAAUUAGUUUCUGCCGAAUACCCUAAUGCGCUCCGAGUCUGCUAUCAUUACUGUAUACACCAGAUUUUGGUCAGACUUCAGACUUGAAAGGUUAAAAUAUUUGUUCAGUU